AUGUCCACUAAGGAAGAACGGGAAAAGCUGGCCCAAGUCAUCAGGCAGUGGAACAACAACAGACUGGACUUGUUUGAAAUAAGCGAACCAGAUGAAAAUCUGGUCUUUCAGGGUGUCAUGCGUUUCUACUUAGAAGAUCCUUCCGGGGGAAACGUCGCUACCAAGUGUCUGCGUUUUGGAAGCAACGCUUCCACAAGCGAGGUGGUUGAAACUUUAGCUGAGAAAUUUCGGCCUGAUAUGAAAAUGCUGAGCACUUCCCAUUGUUUGUACGAGAUCCACGGCAAUAAGGAACGUAGACUGGACCCAGAUGAGAGACCUUUGGUGGUUCAAUUAAACUGGAACUCAAACAACCGAGAAGGAAGAUUCGUGCUCAAGCAAAGCAAGGAGACACCCGAGGAGAGCUGUCACGACAAGGAAAAAGGGGGCGUAAUCCAAACCUUCAAGAGGACACUGUCGAGAAAAGACAAGAAAAACAAAAACAAAGUGUCUGACAAACCUGCUGAUGUGGACCAGAACAGGGCAAGUGAAAACCUAGCAAAUGGCAGUCCAGAAACACCAGAACAGUACACGGGAAAGAAAAGGCAAGGAGAGAGUCAGGCGGACACAAACAGUCCUAUGUCGGACUUCUUCGAUCAUCCCGGUUUACCACUUGGAAUUCAACUUUGCGAUCACUCUGAGGAGGCCUUCCUGAUAGCGGUCAUAAAUUACGCCAAUAGCUCCACGAUUCAUUUCAAGCUCUCGCCAGCGUAUGCCCUCUACGCCGCAGGCCGCUUUGCACUGCGACGUCCGGAGGGGUCCGUUGGUGGGGUAACUUCCAUCGCAGACAAAAUGGUGGCUGUGACAAGCAAGGUCAUUCAGAAGCAGCAGGAUAACGUCGGAGCUCUUGCCUUCUGGACGGCUAACACUUCCGAGCUGCUAAACUUCUUCAAACACGACAAGGACCUCAGCCAACUCACGCAGCAAAGUCAGCUGGAUCUGUCCCACCUUGUGCAUAAAGCUUACAGUCACCUGAUUCGGUGUAUACAGACUGAGCUCAGAAAGAAUUUGCCAACCUUUUUGAUUGAUCCUGAGCAACACGGUCCUCUUCCUGCUGGGAUAGAGAUGGUACUGAACACUUUGAUGAACACCAUGUCGCUGUUGCGACGCUACCAGGUCAACCCGGCCCUCGCCAUUCAGCUCUUCUCCCAGCUUUUUCACUUUAUCAGCGCCUGGCUCUUCAACCAACUUAUGAACCCUGACGCCAGCACCCCAGGCCUGCGCUCCCACUACUGGGGGGCGGCUCUCCGCCAAAGGCUGAUCGGCAUAGAAGCCUGGGCGGAGAGACAGGGUCUGGAGCUGGCUGCAGACUGCCACCUGGGACACAUCAUCCAGGCAACAUCACUCCUAACCAUGAAUAAAUACACCACGCAAGAUGUGAAUGAAAUCCAGAGCACCUGUUUCAAGUUGAAUUCAUUGCAGCUGCGGGCUUUGUUAAGCGGAUACUUUUAUGCCCCCGAUGAGCCUCACAUCCCAGCGGAUUUGAUCGAUGGCGUGGUCACGGCCGCAGAGGCCUCGGCCGACAACCUGAUUCGGCAGGAAGGCCGAGACGUCCAGCUUGAGGAGAACCUUGACCUCCCCCUGCCCUUCCUGUUGCCAGAUGGGGGAUAUUCCUGCGACAAAGUGAGAGGAAUCCCUCCAGGCUUUCGGGAGUUUCUAGAGCCUAUUUGCCAGAGAGGUCUCUGCUAUCUAACCUCCCAGCAAAACCCGAAAGGUGAUUGGACCAUCUUCUUUGCUGGACCAGGAACUCUAUUCUUGGACAACCCGAGUCAGCCAGAAGCUGUUUCAGUCACCCUGAAGAAACCACUCAACAGUGGCAUGGGGAUCAGCAUUGUGGCUGCCAAGGGAGCAGGCCAAGACCACCUCGGGAUUUACAUCAAGUCGAUUGUCAAGGGUGGACCGGCCGAGAUGAAUGGUCUGUUGACAACAGGCGACCAGCUGCUCAGCGUGGACGGUCAAAGCUUGCUCGGCCUCAGUCAGGAAAGGGCGGCAGCACUCAUGAUGGAAACCGGCCCAAUUGUGACCUUAAAAGUGGCUAAGUUUGGCGCUAGCUUCCAUGGCCUCAGUGCUCUGCUGGGCAUUCCUGCCCCCGCUUGUACUGCAGGAAGUGAUAAUAGUCACGUUGCAGCUAACUGGAAGGAAAUCCCUCUCUACGUUGUUGAAGAUCCUGCUCAACUGGAGCAGAGGGGGGUUCGGCACGGCCGCGGGGGGACAAAGAAAGAUCAGAUCAUGCAGAACAGGCAAUUUUAUCGCUCCAACCCCAACAUGGCCGAUUUUGCCCUUGAGGACGACGAUGAGCUCGCCAAGCGAGAUCGUCAAGCUCUUUCACAGGAGAACUUGUGCGUGGACACAGGGGGCCCCCUGGUGGAUAAAAGUCAAACCAUCUGGCAGGGCAGAAGCUCCAAAGGCUACCACUCGCACCUACCUAUUCGCCCGAGCUUCUCCACCCAAAACAUCCUCGCUGACAACUGCUGCCCGGUCAAAGGGCAUCAAGGAACCCGCGCAGGGGUCUGAAGGACUCCUUUUUCACAACAGCCCAUUCCGACGCCUUCCGUCCAGCCGAUACGCAUCGACAUCCCUGUGAGCAGGCCGGGCAUUUCUCACGCCAUUCCUGCACUUACCACAUUCCAGCAUCGUUCGUGUCUAGCGCCGUUGAGGUCCAGUCAAAGCCUCCAAAUAAACGGACACUUGACCCAAAGGUGUCCGAAACCUCCCGUCCACUACACUUUCCCCAUUCCUGCUGAUGAGAAGCUACCUCCACCCUCGCGACUAUCCCAGCAACAUACGGCAAAACCGCAAGUGAGCAUCACUCCUACAAAGCACGUUUCCUUCCAAGAACCACUGAGCCAGCAGAAGCAGAGCAAAUGUCCGGUGGAGCCUAAAGACCGGCGGAAACCGAAUGACAUGACCAAACUGGACGAGGUCGAGGUCCUGGAGCAGGAGGUAAGGGCGCUUCAGGCCAAGGGCGAACUCAGCGCCAAGGAGACCGAGCGACUUGGCAACCUGAGCCUGGAGUGGCAGUUUCAGAAGAGGCUGCGAGAGAUCCGGCAACAGGGAGAGGAUGAGGACGACGAGGACUUGGAUAUGAUGGUGGUGAUACAAGAGCUGGAGAAAAGAGCUCAGAUAACAGAUCAAGCGGACGGCGACAAGAAACAGCGAUGUUUCCAGAGUGAGGAAAACUAG